AUGGCAAAGAGCAAAAAAAAAACAGAUGUUGUCGAUUCAACAAACCUGCCCAUUCUAGAAUUACUAUCAUUAAAAGCUCCCAUUUUCCAGUCUCUUUUACAUCCUGAACUGCCCAUUAUAAUAACUGGCUUUGGUACAGGACAUAUUGUGUGCCAUCGUUAUGACCCCGCUAAGUUGCAAUCGCACCUAGAUCGUAGACGUAGAAUUGACACUGCAACUACAGGCAAGGAUGCAAAGAAAGGUGUAUGCCCUUGGAUUAGAUUAGAUAUAGACCUAGAAACUGGAGAUUUGAAAUUUGUUGAUAUUGAAGAACAACAGCAACAAAAGCAAACAGGAAAAGAUGAAGACUUGGGCGUAAAAACACUUUGGAAGACUAAAAGACAUAAAGGUAGUGUCCGUGCCAUGUGCUUUGAUUCUAAAGGUGACAAUAUUUUUUCUGUUGGAUCGGAUAAUGUUUUAAAAAAGGCCAAUACUAUGACCGGCAAAGUCGUCAAAAAGGUAAACUUAAGCUCACUGUUUAAUUCUGAAGAGAAAAAAAAUGAUAAAUUUACGAAAUUAUGCGCCUCUCAAACUCACCCAUUCAUUUUAAUAGGCGAUGAAUCCGGUAAUAUACACGUAAUAAACUCGGAAAACUUGGCAUUAUCAAAUUCCAUUCGUUCGAUACAUUUUGGCGACUCUAUCAACGAUAUUUUCCACUUUGAUAAAAGAUCUGCAUAUAAAUUCAUUUCUUUGGGCCAGACAACGUUAGCUUAUUUUGACGUUCGCGACAAAGAUGCCAAACCGAACGUAGCUGGAAACGAGGAUGGUAAAAUUUUGAUCAGCGAUGAUCAGGAGGACGAAGUUCUUUGUGGUUGUUUCGUCGAUCCCGAAGUAGCAGAUACCCUUUUGUGUGGGAUGGGCGAGGGUAUUGUUACCGUCUGGAAACCGAAUAAGAAUGAUUUGGAAGAUCAAAUGAGCCGUAUUAAAAUUAGCAAAGAUGAAAGUAUCGAUUGCAUUGUUCCUACUUUACAAGAUGAUAACUGUGUAUGGUGUGGUUGUUCCAAUGGUAACAUUUAUAAAGUAAAUGCCAAAUUGGGAAAAGUCGUCGAGAUAAGAAACCACAGUGAAUUGGAUGAAGUCAGUUUUGUUGAUCUAGAUUUUGAAUACCGUGUUGUUUCUGGUGGUUUGGAAAACAUCAAGAUAUGGGAAUUAUCGAGUGAUGAUGUAGAGGAAAAUGCAUCGGUAGAGUCCGAUAGCGACGAACCCCUCUCCCACUCUGAUGAGGAUCUAAGUGAUGACACUAGUUCUGAUGAUGAAACGACGCUUGUCGGGCUCUCAAAGGAAGAGCUAUUAGACGAAUUAGAUAAGGACCUCAAGGAAGAUCAUCAAGAGGAAAAAGAAUCCAACUCAAAAUCUGUCAAAAAAAGAAAAAUAAUGAAGGAGAACAACAAAAAAAAGGACCUGUAUGAGCAUGGGAUCAAGAAGUUUGAUGAUUUAUAG